GCCUCACUCGCCGUGAGCCGCGGCACGUCUGCGCACGCGCCGAAGAAAGUCCCACACCGGAACACUCAUGGCUUUCUAUCAACCGAGGCAUUUCGAAUGGAAUUUAUAAAGUUCAUUUGAAUUUGAGAACAGAUCAAAAACAGUGCUAUCGUUGUUUGACGUUCUUUUUCUGAAAUAAAAUAACGUAUUUAUCUGUCAAAUUUUACGAAUAUAAGUGACAAAUGCAGUGACGAAAGUGAAUUUUUAGUGUGGAAUGCGAAUUAUCAGUUGUUUUUAAAUAGUGGUGACUUUGUUUUGUUAUCAUUAGUGGAUUAAUUCGUUUAAUUUGGAUGCUGUUAUAAUAUUCCAGUCAAAAUGGAUUCAAGAAAUCACGCGAGAGCGCGAGCGCGCGUUACAUCAUGGGCCAGGAACAGUCGUACGCGCACGCUAGCGGCACGCAAGUGAGACGGUACAAGGACAAGUACGACGAGCCCUUGCACUACCGGAGCUCGCCCGUCGACUACCGCGCCAACGACUACGAUAAGGACUACAAGCGACACAAAGCUAGGAGAAGCGCCGACAGCUUCAAGAGCGACAACUCGUCAACAGAGAGCAGCGGCUACAGGAGCGGCUCCAGCGCUUGCGAAUACCGCUCCGACAGAUCCUCCAAAAGUGAUUACUACUGCACGUCCUUGUACAAGAACGAACACUACAAAGACGUCAACAAAGAACUCUACAAACCCGUCAAGCUCCACAAAGAGAAGCGAUACAACACGCUACAACUCUUCGACACUGACAAAGACGAACUGAAGAGUGCACGACUCAAAAGCUACCUGAGUGAAACAGAGAAGGCUAAAGCGACUACCACGAAGAAGCCAGGCAUUAGAAAUUACACGCCUAAGAUUCUUUCAGAAGACGAGCAAAGAAAGAAGAGCCAGCAUUGGAUUUAAGAGAGCUAAGACUAGUAGGCUA